AUGGCGUCUGCAGCUCGUGUGCUUUCGACCGCGCAUUAUUGCACGGCGAUCCCCUCUACCGUUCAGCCAGCUUUUGAGUCGACUCGACAGUCGACCGUUCAACGUCCGCUUCUACGGGUUCCGUUAUUCGCGAAUCGUUCGGCAGCUGUUACCCCCUCCUCGCCGUCGCGACGUCGAGGGCUGUCAUUCAAAUCGCUGACCGUCCGAUCACUGAUCCAACGGCAUCGUGACGUCGCGAGCGAAGCCGAUAACCAGCAAGCGCCGUCCAAAUCCCUCUCGAUAAUCACCGCCGCGACUGCCGCCGCUUUUUCUGCUUCUCUUUUCCUUGCGCCGACGGCGUCUGCGGUGUCACUCGAGGGCUUUGCGUCGGUAGCGCAAAGCUCGGCGGUGAUUGCGGAGAUUUCGCCGGAUGCGGCGUCAGCAGUGGGUGCCGUAUUGGGCCCGCUUUUCGCGGCGCUUAACUUCCUCUUCAUACUCCGCAUCGUCAUGUCGUGGUAUCCCCAGCUCCCAGUGUCGGAGUUCCCAUUCGUAAUCGCCUAUGCACCCACGGAGCCCAUUCUCCGCAUCACCAGAGCCAUCAUCCAGCCCAUCGGGGGGGUCGAUAUCGCCCCCAUCGUGUGGCUGGCACUCAUCAGCUUCCUGAACGAGAUCCUGCUGGGGCAGCAGGGGUUGCUUGUGCUUAUAGCGAAUCAGGAGUCGCUCUUGUGA